AAUAAACACACUCUUGUCUGAUAAUAUAAUUCAAAAAUUUUAAUAGAUAUUUUGUUAACUAGACAUUAUGGAAGGCAUAAAAGAGGAAGCUAUACAUCAUACAGCUCUCAAAUUAGCAGAAGAAAUAAAAAACCUAUCCAUAUAUAAAUCAUUUUACAGCGAUGUUCAGAAACUAGUUUCAUCUCCAAAUGUAAAAAAAGAAGAGUUUAAACAAACGUUACAGCAAGCUAUGAAAGAAAAGGGUUUAGAUACAAAACUUAGAAAUACAGUAUUUCAUUGGGUACGAACACAGAGCAAGCAAGGUAAAUUAGAUCCACUAACAUCUUUACUAAAGGCAAGUGCACAAUGGGAAAAAAGAAUUCAUAAAUCACUAAAUUCGAUGUGCUCAGACCUUGAGACUUCUUUAGCAAAAAUUAGACUACAAAGUGAGCAAGAAGAGUUGGCUGAUAAAUGGAAUGAACUUAGCACUUGUAAUUUAGAUUUAUCAAAAUAUAGGCCAGUUUAUGCACCAAAAGAUUUUUUGGAAGUAUUAUUAACCUUAUCUGGAUAUGUACCUUAUACCAGAGAAGACGAACCCAAGUGGGAGUUUGCGCAUUUACCCUUACAAGUUAAGACAUUAGAUCAAUUGCGGAAAGUAUAUUUAGAAUGGUCUAACGGCGAACCGUUGUUAGGCGUAAAUCCAGUUAUUCCCAGCACCGUACCAGGGUUUGCAACACUGGAGGCAGAACGUAUAGGCCUGGGCGAGAGAGUAGCAGCACUCGGAUACGCUCCCGUUAUACAAGAAUAUCUAAAGAGAGGUAGUCCGCAGUGUUUGCGCGCCAAACUUUGGUCACAAGUGCUGGGCGCUGAUGUAAAAUCACAACAAACAACAUAUUUUAAUCAAUUAAAGAAGAGUGUGUUGGAAGUAGACUUAAUGAUAGACAAAUUAAUAUUUAAAGAUGUGCAACUAACAGCAUCCAAUGAUGACCAGUAUUUUGUUUUUGAAGAUUUAUUGUAUCAGGUUAUGUUAUGUUUCUCAAGGGACUGUGAAGUGAUGCAACUUCUGAAGGGUAGUACUGGCAAUCCAUUGACUGUCACCAUCAAAGGGAAGCAGACAUCAGCGGAGAGCGUCACUGUGUUCCCGCCCAGCGGUAUCAUACCUUUCCACGGCUUCACCAUGUAUGCUACACCCUUCUGCUACCUGUAUGACGAUCCAGCUCAGCUGUAUUACACUUUUCGAGCAUUUUACAUACGGUAUUGGCAUCGUCUACAUUAUAUAUCCACACAUCCACAGGGUAUUGUUUCUUUGUGUCUGCUGUACGAGAGACUUCUAGAAGCGAACGAGCCUUUACUUUGGAUUCAUUUUAGAAAUAUUAACAUCAAUCCUAUCAGAGUGGUCUUCAAAUGGUUAAUGAGAGCGUUUAGCGGUCACCUACCUCCAGACCAGUUGCUGUUACUCUGGGACGCCAUCCUCGGCUACGAUUGUCUAGAAAUCCUACCACUGCUGGCUCUAGCGAUACUAAGCUUCAGGAAAGAGAAUAUUUUCCAAGUGAACACGCUACAGAAUGUAGAUGCGGUCCUAGCGGAUCUAUCCACUAUAUCUGUAAUACCUUUGUUACAGUUAGCGUUAAUGAAACCAUAGUUCGUCUCCACAGAUUUUCAGAUAACUAGCUGAUCCUCGCAACUUCGUCUGCAUGACAUUUAUCAUUAUAUUUCGCCAAAAUUACAUAAUAUAUUUUAAAUAAAAUAGCCUACUAGCUGUGUCCCCGAUUUCACCCGAGUGAAAUAUAUAGCCUACAUGUUAUUCUGAUAUAUAAGCUAUUUUGCUGUAAAGAUUCAUCAAAAUCCGUUCAGUAGUUUUUGCGUGAAAGAGUAACAAACAUCCAUCUAUACUCACAAACUUUCGCAUUUAUAAUAUUAAUAAUAAUUAUAAGACUAGCUGACCCUCGUAACUUCGUCAACUUCAUCACACUUACUUGACAUUAGAUUUCGAUCUAAUUACAUAAUCUUUUUCAAUUAUAGCCUAUGUGUUAUUCUGAUGUAUAAGCUAUAUUACUGUAAAGUUUCAUUAAAAUCUGUUCAGUAGUUUUUGCGUGAAAAAGUAAAAACAUCCAUCCAUACUCACAAACUUUCGCGUUAAACCAUUACACGGUCGAGGUAGAUCCUAGAUAAAAAGUAAUGUUGUUAAAGACAGGCACCACAGUUAGUAUUUUAGUGUAGAAGCCUGUUUGAUGUCAGUAAAUGGAUUUUGUAAUAUCAAGGCAAAUAGUUCAGUAGUAACACGCUAGUUUAUAACGGUUUCACACGCGUGAAAUUUAUAGGCUAUUUGUUAUUAUGAUGUGUAAACUAUAUUAUAGUAAAAGUACAUGAAAAUCCAUUUAGUAAGUUUGAGUUAAAGAAUAACAAACAUCCAUCCAUCCAGAAACACAAACUUUCGCGUGUAUAAUAUUAGUGAGAUUGGUUGAUUACUCGGAUGCUCUCUGUAUGUUAGGUCCGGUCUUGGUGCAGGUACUAAUUGAUAAAUAUGUUAUACCUACUUACCAAUAACUAUAAAUACUAAGCUACAAUAUGUAAAAUACCCCAAUAAUGUAAAUACCCCAAUAUUUUUUAUAUACUUGUUAUAUGAUCAAUAAAAUACUAAAACCAUCAUAAAGAAAUUAUAAAAUGUUAUCACGAACUUUGUCAGAGACAACUAUUAUUCAGACGUCCAUCUUUAUUUUUUCCAUAGACAAAUUAUAUUACUUUAUAUAAAUUUUACUCCAACUUUAUUAAUCGCCAUCUUAGUCAUAUAAAAUAAAUACAAUCUUGUUAUUUAAUCACAUUAUUAACUUUAUACAUUUAUAUUUUUAUAUAUUUAUACCUGUACAUAUGAAUAUAUAUAUUAAAUAUCUUCAUAAAUAAGUUGAAAAAGUGCGCCAUAUUGGUCCGACCGGUGAAUUUUUGCAAACAUCAUUUCACAUUAGGGCAAAUGGAUAUAACUCGCCCAGUAGAAAUACAGCAGUUAUGCAGAUAUAAUUGCAUAUACAACGGAUAUUUUUAUUGC